UCAGGAGGGGCGGGCUUUUCCGGGAGGAGCAAACUACACUUCCCAGCAUGCCUCUCUCCGCAGCCAGGGGACUCCGGAAGCGUUGCUGGAGCAGCUGGGCUAGUGUGGAGGCGUUUGUGGGUGCCCCGGGCAAGUUUUGUCCAAACAGACAAUGGCAGAUAUCCAAGCAAAUCCAAAACAACAAUUGAUUUCUGAGCUUCACGGUUUAGCAGCUGUUGGAGACAAGGCCAGGCUUGUGGUCCUGCUCAAUCAUUCUCCAUCCCUUAUCAAUGAAACUGCAAAGAAUGGUUGGACAGCAUUGAUGUAUGCUGCUAGAAAUGGACACUUUGGAAUAGUACAGGCUCUUCUUGAGAAGGGGUGUGACAAAUCUAUAACCAAUACAUCAAACCAGACUGCACUGGACAUUGCUCGAUUUUGGGGUUAUAAGAACAUAGCUAAUUUGUUAGUUAAUGUGAAGGAGGGACUAGAACCCUUUUUCCUGACUACUCAAGUCAGAGAGCAUGAAAACUAUUUUUGCAGAACAUUUCUGGAUAGGAAGAGUGAGAAGAGGCCAGAUGCUAAAUGGCUAAAUGCAAAACAGAAGCUGUCAACUACAGUAUACAUUCUUUUUUCAAAUUUAAGUCCAUUGGUUAUAUCAGAGCAUGGUGAAGAAGAUAGCUUCCAGUCUCCAAAAACUAAACUUCAUCGGCUUGGCUAUAAAGAUGUAAAGGAAUUCCUGGAGCACACUGAAACCGCCACAUUGAUUUUUCUUGGAGUAGAACUUGCAUUGAAAAGUAGCUCACUUCCACCUUUGAAUGGGAAAGAUUCCAAUGAUGGUGAAGAUGAUGGGCUAGUUGUUUGGUUUGCUGUUAGUAUAGAUGCUACUGCUGCUGACAAGUUUCUGCAGAAACAUCAGAACUGUUAUUUCCUUCGUCCACCAAUGCCUGCAUUGUUCCAGUUGUCUGAAAAUGAAGCUGGAAUCAUUGCCCAAGCAAGAUCUGUUCUAGCCUGGGAUAGCCGAUAUCAGUUCUGUCCAACAUGUGGCAGUGCAACCAAAUUAGAAGAUGGAGGCUAUAGGAAAUCUUGCUUGAAGGAAGACUGUGCCAGCCACCAAGGAGUUCACAAUACAUGCUACCCAAGAGUUGAUCCUGUGGUGAUAAUGCAAGUUAUUCAUCCAGAUGGUAACCAUUGUCUUUUGGGUAGAAAGAAGACAUUUCCUCCUGGCCUGUUUAGUUGCCUUGCUGGAUUUGUAGAGCCUGGUGAGACAAUUGAAAAUGCUGUUCGAAGAGAAGUGGAAGAAGAAAGUGGAGUUAAAGUAGGCCAUGUUCGGUAUGUCUCUUGUCAACCAUGGCCAAUGCCCUCCUCACUAAUGAUUGGAUGCAUAGCAGCUGCAAUGUCUACAGAGAUUAAAGUUGACAACAUUGAACUAGAAGAUGCCCGCUGGUUCAGUAGAGAACAGGUCAUUGAAAGUCUCAAUAAAAGGACCCAGAGUGCUUUUGUUAUACCACCACAGCAAGCCAUUGCUCACCAGUUGAUAAAGCACUGGAUUGGAACAAGUGCCAAUCUUUAAAUCCAGCAAGUUGAUUAAUCUAUUUUAUACCAUAUCUGCUACCAUGCUAGAAUUAAACUAUGUAUUAUCCAUCCCCCA